AUGGAAUCAAAUAUAUUAUCUCCAUUUAAUUCAAUAAAUAAUGAUGAUACUGUAGAAUCUGAAAGCAUUGACAUAACAUUCAAUAAAGAUUAUAUUAGAUAUAUUGAGAAGCAACUGGACAAGGAACCAAUAACAGAGUGGUAUGUUGGAAGCAUAAAUGUAAUGGAAAAAUUUAAUCAUUAUUGA